AUGGAGCUGGAACAGCCCAGUCCUGUGGGAGUGCGAUCAUUAAUCCAGGGCUGGUAUCUGAGCUUAUGCUGGUUCAGUGCUGGCUCCUCGUGGUCUGGGUUCUUGUCUGCAGGCCAGACUGGAGGGCAACGUCAGGACCCUCAGGGAGAAAUCCAUCCCAGCCCGCCUGGACAAUAUGUUUAUAAGAAUGACUUUCAAUCAGGCCCAACAUCAAUGAUUGAAAAACCUGUCCAAUUAGGAAACCAGCAGAUGGGAUCUACUGUGAAGGACAACAGCAUGGACCCUUUUCUGGGGUUCUCUCAACCUGGAAUGAAUAUUGGUAUGAAUAUGAAUGUUGGCAUGGCCCCUUUCCAGAGCUCCAAACCCCCCAGCAUGGGUGAACCUCAGAAGACCUCACCCUUGUUUGCCAAUGAACCACCCAAAGCAUCCCAGAUAACUGCUAAUCUGAGUGAUACAAGCCCUCGUAACAGCCUGGAAAAUUCUGCAGAAGUUUGGGGAAGCCCUUGGACAGGUGAGGAAAUGCUCUCUACGGAGCAGUCCCAUGCUUCCAACAAGGCAGAACAGAGUCGCACUGAUGCCUUGGGUUCCCAGAGUCCAGAUGCAGCAUCCGGUGAGGAAAAGUCCAUCGAUGAAGGAACCGAAAAGCAGCAGAAGCGAAAAAAGAAGAAACGCAAGAACAGGGAAGAAAUGUAUGACCUUCUGGACAGUCUUGGUUCCCCUGACUCAGAAGAGACUCCUUCCGAAAGCUCCAACCACGGCUGCCCCUCACCUCCUAAUAGGGACGAAGAGAUGUGGGAAAGCGAGAUCCAAGAAAGAGGGGGAGGACGCAUCAAGGCCAAGAAGAGUAAAAGCAGGAUGAAGCUACCAGAAGAAUGGAGUGCUCCUCCAACUGUAAUGGACAUGGACUUUAGCAGCCCUUAUUUGGGUGAUUCAAAACCCCCACCCAGUGCUAGCAUAGAUCAGGGAAGUGCACAGCCCUCACUCACACCUGAACCUCUGCACCUCACGGACACCCAAGCAUGCAGACCCCAACCGCCCGGGCAAGCAAACACCUCCUUUACUCAGCAGAGAAAUGUGAGAACAAAUAUAUCUAGAGAGACAAGGACUGUAAGGAUGUCAUCCCAGCGCUCAGAGUGCAGAGAUCUGUGCUCAGUGCCACCCUCCAUGCCAGGCUUGGCAUCGUCAACAGCUGCCCAGUGCUGGAACUGGCAGCAGGGGCAGCCAGACGGUCUGCAAUCCUCCAGACUGUUAGAGGACGACAAGCAGGACGUUUCCACCAGGUCGACAGCACUCAGCCAGGAGGUGGACCAAGGGGUAACCAGUCACCAGAGCAGCAGGGGUGGGAAGAAUUUGGGCAGUGCAGCAGAAAGUCCCACAAGCGUCUCAUCCUCUCCAUCACCCCUGUCUCCAGGGAAAGACCUUUCCACCAAUGGGGUGACAUCAGGACCUUCACCGAGGAGUGGCGUCUUGACAUCCUCAGACAGCGAUUGGGAUCCACCCCCCAGCAUCUCGAAAACAGGCCUCGCGCCGAAUUAUUGCGUGAUCGGCGUGGUGAAUGACAGCUAUGUGGAGGGCGAAGUUGAGGGAAAAACGGAAACACGCCCACCCAUGUCACCCCCCGUGCAACAAAAGCGAAUGGUCCAGCGCACAAUGUCAGACAGUACCCACCUGACAGUGCCUGCUAGCCUUCAGCUGCCCGAUAAAUAUCCAGGCAAGGAUGUGCCGCCACCCCAGACCGCCGUCAAAUACUUUACCGUGGAGGACAAACAGAGUCUUCUGCCAUCCAUGAGUAUCCCAUCAGCAAAGAAAGAACAGCCUGCUGGUAUGCCACAGAGUUUUGAAAGGAUACAGUUGCCGCCACAGCCAUCGGGAAGUGGAAAUGCUGUUUCAUCCCCUGACAUUCAGCCUAAAGGUGUCUGUAAUGUAAAAGAAGACAAGACAGCCAAAGAGAAAAUGGAGAAGGUGGAAACUGCUCCGAAGAUGGAAAACAUCAACAUAAUUGAGAAGCAAGACAAGCCUGAGAAAAUUGAGAAGAUUGAUCACCUGGACAAGAAAGAUGAGAUCACAAAGAAACCAGGCAGUGUGGAUAAGACUCAGAAGAGUGAGCAAAUCAUCAAGGAUGAGAAGAAGGUUGAGAAAGAGGAAAAACAGGAAAAUAAAGCUGAGAAGGUUGAGAAAGUAGACAAACCUGAGAAGACAAACAAGGAGAAAGACGAGAAGAAAGACGAUGGAGAAAAAGUGGACAAGACAGCCAAAGCUGAGAAGAAUGCGAAGACUGCUAAAGGACCUGCUAAGUCUCCAACAUCUAAUGGGAGCAAGGAGGUGACCAGCCCAGAUAGUAAGGCCAAGCCUUCAGUUGGGUCAACCAAACAAAGCUCAGCAAGACCAAACUCGCUGUCCACUGGAGACAGUGCAGGUGCCACCAAACGCACCUCUCCCACCACCAACUCUGCCAAUAAAAAAAGCCCUAUGCCCAAGGCAACAACCCCCACUGCUGGCACCAAGAAAACCCCCACCACCACAUCUACUCUUGAGACUAAGGCCAAGUCUUCUGAGACCGCAACUCAGCGUCGCCCUCCAGUGCCAAAGGCUAAAGCUGCAUUGGCUACGAAUUCUAAAAGUGGCACUACUAGCACCCCAACUACCACCUCUUCCCAACGCUCCUCUGCUACAAAGACUGAAAACCAAGCAGGAGAAGUGAAAAAGACAAGUGCAAAGACAACACCAGGUGAAAAACAGAGUGUUCCUGGCCUGCUGGUACUCUGUCCAAACAAAUAUGUUCAGAUAGUCCACAAAAAGCUGGACUUCAGUCAUGUCACCUCCCGAUGUGGCUCCAAGGACAAUAUCAAGCAUGUUCCUGGUGGAGGAAAUGUUCAGAUUUUAAAUAAAAAGGUUGACUUGAGCAAAGUGGCCUCUAAAUGUGGAUCCAAGGACAACAUAAAGCACAAGCCAGGUGGUGGUGAUGUGAAGACUGAAUCCCAUAAUGUUAACGUCAAGGCCAAAGUGGGAUCAAUGGACAAUGUAGGCCAUGAACCAGGAGGUGGCAAUGGCAAGGUAGUAAAUAGCUUAAGAGGAUAUUACAUAUUAGGAAUGUGUCUUUAUGACAUCUCACAUGGCUGA